UGUGAUAACGUCACAAGGAAUUAAUGGAUGUUCUUUUGUGUAGACUACUUUUGCCCUCCGAAAGUUUGUGAUUUACGGUUAUUUCAACAGAGUGUCAUUUCUGAGGGCCUGCACAGAAGUGUAGGGGACUGAACUAUGAAGUCCAAAGGGAAGGGGGCCAAGCGGAGCAGGCAGGCUUGGGCAGAGCCAGAUCCAGACUUCCAGCUGGAGACAGAACCAGGGUCCAGCGAACACGAGGGUUCAGAGGCGUCCGUGCGUCUGGGCAGGACCUGGAGAACGAUACGGGCCGAGCGUGGCGACACGGGGAUGGCAACCCGACGCAGGAGGCAGGGCAACAGCGUCAAGGAACGCAACGUCCGCCGGCUGGAGAGCAACGAGAGAGAACGGCAGAGGAUGCACAAACUCAACAAUGCCUUUCAGGCUUUACGCGAAGCCAUACCCCACGUCAAAACAGACAAGAAACUCUCUAAGAUCGAGACCCUCACGCUGGCCAAAAACUAUAUUAAAUCCCUGACCACCAUCAUUCUGGGCAUGUCCAGCGCGUGCCUACCCCACGAGGAGAGCCAGGCGGAGGCCAACGCCGCCCGCCUCCUCCAGUGCUACCAGCAGCACUUGGACGAGGAGGGAGAGGAGAGCCUGUCCAAGUACCUGCAACACAUCCGCAGCUUCAGUCAAGGCAGCUAACACGAGCUCAACGCAAUCGCAGCAUCUCCAAUAGACUGAAAACGCAAAUGACAGACUGGAUGCUGCGUUAAAACACCGGCCUUUCGGAGGGAAGGGAAGUGCUGAAAUACAUCUGCAAACAAGAGUCCAUUUCCAGACCGGGUGGAACUCUGAGGUCGAGAUAAGGGUUAGAAAAUGCUAAAGGGGUUAUCAAACAGAUCUGACUAGAACACACACAAACAGAAACUGGGGGAGUCAUUAAAGAAAGAUGUUCUUUAACAAUUCACUCCCAUAAUGCUGACCCCACAACAAACGGCAAAGUUGCCACCGGCAACUGUUGUCAGUUCUGUAGCUAUGGCAUUCUAACUUGUUCAUAGUAACUUCAUGGAAGGAAGACAAUUGAAACAAUCUAAGUUGUACAGUCACUAAACUUGGUAUGUAAUAGGGCAUAACAACAUGACAUAGGAAUAAUAAAAAAAAAAAAAAAAGGUCAAAUU